AGUAAAUCUAUUAAAGUUCAAAUAAUAAUUUCUAAUACAAUUAAAAAUAUUGUGCAAAGUGAAAAAAUCCCCAACAAACGAACGAAGGAAAAUUUGGAAAAAUGCGUUACGCACUCUUUUUGAAUAUGGCUGCUAAUGUUUAGUUACUCUAGUGUUCUCUCCAAACAAAAAAAUGUAUGGAGAAGAAGUUUGCUAAAUGGUUUUAUUGAGGAAAUAAAUAUUUGGCAGGCUGGUGGCUGGCUGGCUGGCUGCUGUUCUUAAAAAAAAAACGGAAAAUAAUCAAAUCUCGAAAGUAACUACAAAACAACAAAUUAUUAAAUAAGAUAAAUGUUUCAUUAUCAGCAACUAGAAGCACAACUACCAAAAAGAACCAAUGUUAAAUUUUGUAUUUCCUAACGCACCAAACCCUACAAAGUAUUAAGAGACCCAAUCGGCUUCAAUAUAUGGCUACAUACAUAUAUUACCUAGAAAUAUAAAUAAAUAUUUUUUAUUUAAAUUUAGAAGCAUAAGCAAUAAGCCAAUCUAGUAGCUUAAGAUUAAAAGACUUAAACAAAUUUAGAAUGUCUUGUACAGUAUCAGAACUGCCGUCAGGAUGUCGUUUGCGCGGCAUGAGCUCAUCGUCACAACAACAACAACAACACAAUACAACCAACGCUGGCAGCGUUGGUGGCAAUGGAUCUGGUGGUGGUGGUGGCGGAGUUAGCAGUAGUGGAGGAAAUGGUCGAAGUAGUGGGACUGUAGAGGUUACAAAUACGGGAGGCAUUCAUAUAGGAGGCAUGUUAACUUCAACAAGUGCAAUGGGAACAACGACAAAUAGUGGUUUAACAGAUGCAACAACCCCACUUCAACGUCAACAACAACAACAAUCACAAAAGCCAUGUUGUUUUUGUUGGUGUUGCUGCUGUUCGUGUUCGUGGGCUAAAUGUUUGGCAUUGAAAAAUGCAGAAGACAAUGCACCUACAAAACGUGAUCCAGCUAGUUCUGAUUUAUUAUUAGAAGGAGAACAGCCUUCGUUAGAAGAAAUACGUAGUUGGGGACACAGUUUUGAUAAACUAAUGAAAAGUCAAAGCGGUCGUAAAGUAUUUCGUGAUUUUCUACGCAGUGAAUUUAGUGAGGAGAAUAUACUUUUCUGGUUGGCCUGUGAAGAUUUAAAGAAAGAAAUCAAUGCUGAGGCAAUUGAGGAAAAGGCUCGCCUCAUUUAUGAAGAUUAUAUAUCAAUAUUGUCACCCCGCGAAGUAUCGCUAGACGCCAGAGUACGAGAGGUAGUCAAUCGCAAUAUGGUUGAACCGACAUCACAUACAUUUGACGAGGCUCAAAUACAAAUUUACACACUAAUGCUCAGAGACUCAUAUCCCAGAUUCAUCAAUUCCCAAAAGUAUAAAACACUCGCUCAACUGCAAGAUGGCAUGUCCGCAUCGGGCUCCACAGCAGACAGUCCUACUUAAAUGUUGCUGAAAACACAAACUGUAACUGAAACUGAAACAGAAAUACUGGAGAAAAACAUGGGAAUCAAUGUCACUAUACAACACAAAAUGAUGAUCCAUAAGGUUGUUGCUGCUUAAAUACAAACUAGAAAAUUUUAAAUUUCCUACACCAAACACUCCCCUCUCCCUUCCAAACCCGCAAAAGAUCAAAAGCUGCAAAAAAAGAACACAGAACAAUGGAAAGAAUUUUGUCAGGAGCAAAACUAAAAACUAAAACUUAAAAAACAAAAAAAAUAUAUAAAAACAAAACAUAAUUAAAGCACAAAUAGAGCAAUAUUUCCAAAUUUGUUUUUAUUUUCGUUGUUUAAAUUUUAAAAUACUUUUAUAUCGAAUUGAUCACUCUAGAACCAAAAAAAAAAACCAAAAAACACAAAAAAUUAACAAAAUUAGAUUUAUAAGCGCAACAAUCGUAUUAUGCAUU